AUAACCAAAGACUCCCAGAGGCCUGCCUAUAAAUACCAAAUCCCUUCACACAGAGCACCAAUUUUCAACAGCAUAACAUCACACAUCUUUUUCCUCUUUCUCUCUCUCUCUCUCUAGGCCAAAAAAGCCAGUAGGUUGAAAGGCCUUUGGCUCAUCAUCAUAUUCAUCAUUAACUAAGGACCAGGGCUCAUGCAGUAAAAGGUGGUGAUCAAGUUGUCUGUGCACGAUGAGAAAUCCAGAGCCAAAGCUAUGAAGGCUGCAGUUGGGGUUGAUGGGGUGAACUCAGCAAGUUUGCAGCAGGACAAGGACCUAAUAGAGGUGACAGGGGAAGGUAUUGAUGUUGUUCUGCUCACAAAUCAGCUCAGAAAAAGCUUGAAGUAUGCAGAGGUGGUCAGUGUGAACCCUGUGGAGGAAAAGAAAAUUGAGGAAAACAAGGAGAAAGAGAAGAACAAAGAGCCAGAGGCAACAAUCCAGUAUCUCAUGGGCUGUCCUCCUCCUCAAUACAUUUGCGCUCCUUGUCCACCAUACCAAGAUCCCAGUUGCUCUAUUUUGUAAUUAAUAGUAGGAAGAUUCACUCUCAUACACAAUAUAAGAGCUCAA